UUACCCUUUUUUUUCUUAUUUAUUUACCUUCUUCCCCUUCUCUCUUUCCUUCUCUCUUUAAUCCAUUUUCCACUCACCCAACAUUUCACAAUCUCCCAAGCUAAUUUCUGUUUUCUUUUUUUCUCUCACACACACUACCACACUCUCCGAAACACACACACAAAUCACACAAUUGUUGUAAAUGCAAUGCCGUUGUUGUAGUUUACUAACAUGAGCGGGGGGAGAAGACUGCACACUCACUUCCAACGGUUAUGAAUACCACUUCUGCAGACCCAACAGCGCCUCCGCCUCCUCCUCCUCCGCCGCAGCCGCCGCGCUCGUCCUUCAGCUGCGAUCGCCACCCUACCGAGCAGUUCUCCGGCUUCUGCCCCUCUUGCCUCUGCGAGCGCCUCACCACUCUAGAUCAGUCCUCCACCAACACCCCCUCCUCAUCCCGCCGCCCGUCCUCCGCCUCCGCCGCCGCCGCCGCCGCAAUCAAAUCCCUCUUCUCCUCCAGUACUUCCAAAUCCAACAACUUUCCCCCUCCACCGCCGCCCCUCCCAAAACCCUCAAAACCCACUUCGUUGCUGCCCGAACUCCGCCGUACGAAGUCGUAUUCCGCCUCAAAAAACGAAGCUUUAGGCCUUUUCUUCGAACCCCAGAGAAAAUCUUGCGACGUUAGGGUUAGGAAUACUCUUUCGACUCUCUUCACACUCAACAACAAUAGACCCACCGCAGAUUCCGCUUCCGCUUCGUCUUGUCAUCAAAACCACCAGAAUAGCAAAAACAGUGAAUCCUGUGUCGCAAAUAAACCAGUGGCGGAAGAAUCGGAAAAUGAGGAUGAUUUUAGAGAUCCUGAAAAUAUAGAGGAUACCAUCUCUUCCAAUGGCGAUGAAAUUAGGCCUGUUCAAGAUUCUCAUUUCGAAAGUAGUCUGAUAAAUGCGGUUGAGCUAGACGUUAACAGCGGCGAGAUUGUCGAAGAAGAAGAAGAAGACGAAGACAACGUAAGCGUAAUCGAUUCGAAGCCAAUGAAAGAUCACAUAGAUCUCGAUACCCAGGAAAAGAAGCCUUCAGGUGGAGGGUUUUGGUCUGCCGCCUCCGUUUUCAGCAAGAAAUGGAACAACUGGAGACAAAAACAGAAGAUCAAGAAACACAACAAUGGCGAGAAUCUAGCCACAUUGCCCGUGGAGAAGCCGAUUCGAAGGCAGUACAGAGAAACCCAAUCCGAAAUCGCUGAUUACGGAUUCGGGAGGAGAUCUUGCGACACGGAUCCUAGGUUUUCGCUCGAUGUAGGAAGGGUCAGCUUCGACGGUCCAAGGUAUUCGUUCGACGAGCCUCGAGCUUCGUGGGAUGGUCACUUGAUUGGGAGGAGUUUUCCGAGAAUGGCGCCUCCGAUGGUUUCUGUAUUGGAGGACAUGCCAGCUGUACGCGUGAAACGUUCCGAUAUGCAAAUUCCGGUGGAGGAACCACCAACUAACGAGGACGAGGGUUUGCCCGGUGGGUCGACUCAGACGAAGGAGUACUAUCUAGAUUCUUCUUCUAGAAGGAGGAAGAGUCUCGAUAGGUCUAGUUCGAUUAGAAAGGCUGCAGCUUCUGUGGUGGCUGAGAUUGACGAACUAAAGAUGGCGUCCAAUGCUAAGAUUUCUCCGACGAGUGUGGAUUACUUUCACGGGGCGAAUGUUUUAGUGGAUUCGAAUUCGAACUCUUUGAGAGACGAUCUAUCCGAAACGUUCGAGCUGAGCACUAGUGGGUUUAGAGAUAGUAGUGUGCACGAGAAAAAGGAUGCGAAAAAAUCAAGAAAGUGGAGUUGGAGGAUAUGGGGGUUUAUACAGCGGCGUAGUGGCGGCACUAAGGAGGAGGAGGAAGAUGACGAGAAGUACAGUAGGGUGAAUAAUGGGGUGGAGCGGUCAUUAUCGGAGUCUUGGAAUGGAGAUGCGAGAGGCGGCGGUGGUGGAUUGAGCAGAAAUAUGUUUCGGAGCAAUAGUAGUGUAAGCUGGCGUAAUGCUAACCAAAUCGGGGGUUCGUUUGGGAGUGUGAGAAAAUCGAAUGUGGAGAUGAGUGAAAAUGGGAAGAAGAAGAACGGGUUUGUUUUGGAGAAGAAUCGGAGCGCUAAGUAUUCCCCAAACGAUUUGGAUAAUGGGCUUCUUCGAUUUUAUUUGACGCCUAUGAGGGGUAGCAGAAGAGGGGGAAUUGGGAAACCUACUAAUUCGAAUUCGAUUGCAAGAAGUGUACUGAGGCUGUACUGAGAGAUUCAAAGGUCCUCUAAUUGUUUCUUUCGAUUUUAGUGCUAAAUUUUGCUGCAUUUGUUGUGUAAUUCGGUUAAUUUUUUGUUUGCAAUGCAUCUUGAAUCUUGAAUCUUCGAUCGGAAAUGCUAUUUUUGGGUUUUUGAAUAAUGAGAAAAUGCAUACUUAAUCGAUGUUC